AUGUCGACCACGCCAACUCGAAACCCCGAGCUCAUGUUCCUCGGUCGGGAAUGCCAUCAUCCCGCUUGUCACCUGAACGACUUUCUCCCAUUCUCAUGCCCAGCAUGCCACCUCUCAUUCUGUCAACCCCACUUCCUCCCCUCCCAACACAGCUGCACCGCCCCCCUCCCCCCAUCCAUGAUCGACCGCAUCGCCCCUCAAUGCCCAUUGUGUAAUCAAGUAGUACCCACCAGCACCUCGCGGGAUGCCAACGAGGCGGUCGAUCGGCAUAUUCUCGAUGGGAUUUGUGUGGGUUUGCCAGGUGGGGAAGAAAAGCGGAAGGCGGAGCUCAAGGGGAAGAAGGAGAGGGGGGAGGUUUGUUGGAGGAAGGGAUGUACGAAGACUUUGAUCGUGCCGAUGAAGUGCGAGUCCUGUCGACACUCCUUCUGCCCACCUCAUCGCUCGACCCAGUCUCACUCGUGUACCCCCACCUCGUCACGGACCGGUACACCCCAGCCAUCCUCAUCGAUAGCCGGUUCAUCCCGGACUGCGGCGGGGACGAACGGCGCCAAAGCAGCCAUGUCCCGCCUUCUCCCUGCGUUCAAUGCCAAAUCUUCCUCUUCGUCCAAGUCUGCCCCUCUGUCCAAACAGCCUGCAAAGCCUUCCGCCUCAACACCGAAGCCAAUAGCGACUUACUCCGGCCCGACAACAGAACCGGAGAAGGCCCCAAUGGAUGUCCGAGCGGCCGCAGCCGCAGCGGCCACGAAGCGGGCGGGGAAGGACGUCAAGGCGAAUGUCCCGUUCGUCAAGACAAAGACGGAAAAACGCGCAAACAACGAGCUUGCAUCUCAAAUCCAAGCCCUGAAGAAUCGGCACGAUAAGGGCCUCCUAUCGAAAUCUGAGGAGCUGAGGUACGCGGAGCUCAUGGCGGAACAUAAGGGUAUCAGGGGGCUCGGGCAGGGAGGGAAGGGGAAGGAUGGGUGUGUGGUAUCAUAG